AAGGUUUCGGUUAUUCAUGCUUUCAAAGACCCAUUUGUUUAUUUAAAAGGCUGAAAAACCUGGAAAGCGACUUCCAGUAAAGGUCGUUUACGCUUCUUCUUCUUCAUCUUCAAACAAUCAAACACUUUGCCUGCAAUACAAUUCACCAUCACCUUAGUCCACUGUUUCUUCAGAGAAAACUGAAAUGAAGUUCGUUUUGAUUACUGGAGGAGUCGUAAGUGGACUUGGCAAGGGCGUCACCGCCAGUAGCAUAGGCGUUGUUCUUCAAGCCUGUGGCCUUCGUGUUACUUCCAUUAAAAUUGGCUUCUGGGCUUGUUUCUGGGUUUUGUUCUUCUCGACCAGCAGUUCACAUUUUUAGUGCAUUUGUUUGGGAAGCUUUAUAUAUUCUGCACUCUUUUUCACUGUUUAUUAUUGCUAUUGCUUGCUCUUUGGUUCCUUAACUUUUUCUUUCUGGGUUUAUUUUAUAUUUUUAAUUUGAGAGCCCUCCUGAUUAUGCUUACUUUAAUCUGUUCGUUAACCUUCAUCUUUGUAUCUUGCAGAUCCUUAUCUCAACACGGAUGCUGGAACCAUGUCGCCUUUUGAACAUGGGGAGGUUUUUGUUCUUGAUGAUGGUGGAGAGGUCGAUUUGGAUUUGGGUAAUUAUGAGCGUUUCCUAGAUGUCACCCUUACUAAAGACAACAACGUUACUACUGGAAAGAUUUAUCAGUCUGUCCUUGAUAAGGAACGGAAAGGUGAUUAUCUCGGAAAGACCGUUCAGGUUGUUCCACACAUCACAGAUGCUAUUAAGGAUAGGAUCGAGGCAGUUGCUCUCAUUCCUGUGGAUGGAAAAGAGGGUCCUGCUGAUGUCUGUGUGAUAGAGUUGGGAGGCACUGUUGGUGACAUUGAAUCAAUGCCAUUCAUUGAGGCUUUGCGACAGUUGUCCUUUUCAGUUGGGAAAGAUAACUUCUGCCUCAUUCAUGUCAGCCUAAUACCUGUGCUGGGUGUAGUUGGAGAGCAAAAAACUAAGCCUACACAACAUAGUGUCCGAGAACUUAGAGCAUUAGGCUUGACUCCUCAUCUGCUUGCAUGUCGCUCAGCUCAGCCAUUAUUGGAUAAUACAAAGAUGAAACUUUCACAAUUUUGUCACGUUGAGGCUGCAAACAUCCUAAAUAUUCAUGAUGUUCCCAACAUUUGGCAUAUUCCUCUCUUACUUAGAAACCAAAAUGCGCAUCAUUCAAUUCUGAAACAGCUCAAUUUGCUCAGCAUUGCCACACCUCCUGAUUUAGAAGCUUGGACCAGGAGGGCAGAAACAUUUGAUAAUCUCACUGAUUCUGUGAGGAUUGCAAUGGUGGGAAAGUAUGUUGGUCUGACAGACUCAUAUUUAUCUGUUGUGAAGGCACUUUUACAUGCUUGCAUUGCAUGCUCUUUGAAGCCUUCUAUUGACUGGAUUGCAGCUUCUGACCUUGAGGAUGAUACUGCCCAAUCGGCACCAGAAGCUUAUGCUGCUGCGUGGAAGAGUUUAAGAAAUGCUGAGUGUGUUCUAGUUCCUGGUGGAUUUGGAGAUCGUGGUGUGAGUGGAAUGAUAUUGGCUGCAAAAUAUGCUAGAGAGAGCAAUGUUCCCUAUCUUGGCAUUUGCUUGGGCAUGCAGAUCUCUGUCAUCGAGUAUGCCAGAUCUGUUCUUGGUUUAGAAAAGGCAAACAGUAAUGAGUUCGAUGAUGAGACACCUGAUCCUGUUGUCAUUUUUAUGCCUGAAGGCUCCAGAACACAUAUGGGAAGCACAAUGAGACUGGGAUCUCGAAGAACACUAUUUCAGACCCCUGAUUGUGUUACUUCUAAAUUGUACUGCAAUCCUUAUUAUGUAGAUGAACGACACCGGCACAGAUAUGAGGUAAACCCAGAUGUCAUCGGGGUUCUUGAAGAAGCUGGGCUAAAAUUUGUUGGGAAGGAUGAAACUGGGAAAAGGAUGGAGGUUCUGGAGCUUCCAAGUCAUCCAUUUUAUGUUGGUGUGCAGUUUCAUCCAGAAUUUAAAUCACGGCCGGGGAAGCCUUCGGCUCUAUUUUUAGGUCUUAUAUUAGCUGCAAGGGGAAAAUUAGAAGCAUAUCUUACAAGGCAUCAAAAUGGAAGUUGAUUUACUAGUUAUAUCGAUACAUCCAAAUCAAUUUUACAAGGAGGAAAUUGGUAGAUUGGUGGUCUUGUGGUAUAGGGUUCCUCAAGUGAAUCUUAUUGCAAUAGAAUUCGAGUUAAGGCACAUAUUAUGGUCGGAGCUCUUAACCGACGUGUUGUUUCUUAUCUGCUGUGAUCCAGGGAUAUAACCUGAUGAUAUAUUCACAGGCCAAAUUUUCAGAGUUUGUUCCUGAAAAUUGUAGCUCUAUGUUUGAAAGUUAUAUAACAAUUUUUUAUUGAUUUCCUUUCUAUUGUACAAGUAUUUUUUUUUAUUGGAUGUAACUCAUGGGUUUAGUUUCUGAGAAAAAUUCUCUUGCAAACUGUGUUACUUGGAUUUGUUUUUCUAUACGAAUAUAUUCAAAAUUAUAUAUAUAUAUUUUGGAUGAUUA